AUGUCCGAUCAAACGAGCGCCUUUACCGUGGCUGAUGCUUUCCUGGAAGCCCUGGCAGAGGCAGGCGUCGAUUAUCUCUUCACUGUACUUGGUUCCGAUCAUCCCAGUAUCAUUGAGGCCUAUGUCCGCCGCCAAAAUGAUCCAGCCAGGUCGUAUCCCAAGAUCAUCCUAUUCCAACACGAGUUCGUAGCCAUGUCUGCUGCGGAUGGUUACGCCCGGAUCAGCCAUAAGCCAGCAUGUGUGCUCGCACACGUGGACGUGGGGACUGCAGCGCUCGGUCAGGGCCUGCACAAUGCAUCUAGCGGACGAGCCCCUGUCGUAAUUUUCGCCGGAGUAGCGCCUUCCACGCUGUUGGGUGAGGUCCCAGGCUCUCGGUCAGAGCAUGUGCAGUGGUACCAGGAUAUUCGGGACCAGUCCGCUCUCGUGGCCCCCUAUGGUCGGUACAGUGCGGAAAUCAAGUCUCCACACAACGUCGGGACAAUUGUGCAUCGAGCCGUUCUAAUGGCAACGACCGGCUCGCCGGGCCCCGUCUAUCUCACUGCAACUCGCGAGAUUCUAGCAACUGAGAUUCCCUCGCUGGGGUCCCGGCCGAAGCCUAUCCCAUCCUGUCUGCUGGGGUACCUGUCCCCCGAGGCAGUCGCACUGAUCGGGGACGCCCUGUUAGACGCCAAAUCACCCUUGGUGAUAACUGGUUAUCUGGGCCGCAAUCAUCGUGCCGUCAAGGAGCUGAUCAAGCUCGCUGAUACCGUUCAAGGGCUGCGGGUGUUCGACUCCGAGCUCCGUGAGGUAUGCUUCCCGGCAACCCAUCCCGCGUGCGUGACGCGUGGGACCGGAGCCGCGCCCGCCGUGAAGUCCGCGGACAUUAUUCUCGUGCUAGAUUCCGAUGUGCCUUGGAUUCCUCGGCGGGUGCAGCCGUCUCCCACGGCGGAGAUCUUCCACAUAGACCUCGAUCCGCGCAAGGAUCGUAUGAACGUGUUCGACAUCGGUGCCUCGGCUACUUUCCAUGCCGAUACCUGUGCCUCCCUUACCCAGUUGAACGCAUAUAUAUCCGGGUCAUCCCAUCUCCCGGAACUCCAAAAAAACUGGGAAUCCCGUGCUCAUGACCUCCGCGCGGCUCACGCCGAAGGCAAAAAGCAGAUCGAUUCCCGCGCAGCCCAGCUCCUCUCUAGCCCGGAAGGGCCCUGUAGCGUCGACUUCCUCUGCGGUCGCAUUCAGGCCCUCGUGCCACAAGACACCAUCUUUGUCACUGACUCUGUCACUAAUCAAGUUGCUAUGACCGAGCAGCUGCAGCUCACGCGUCCGGGAUCUCAUAUCACAAAGGGGGGCAGCGGACUCGGCUGGGCCGGUGGUGCCUCGAUCGGCGUGAAACUCGCAACAUACCGCUACGAUCUCUCCGACCGACCAAAUAUCCGUACUAAUGAAGCCGCUGAAAGUCCGUUCCUGUGCAGCAUCACUGGUGACGGCAGCUUUGUGUUCUCGGUCCCCACGGCCGUCUACUGGGCUAGUCAUCGUUACGGGUGUCCGUUCUUGACUGUGAUUCUGAACAAUGGUGGCUGGAAUGCCACACGCCAGUGUCUGACUGAUGUUCAUCCGCAGGGCAGAGCUGCUAGCCUGACGAAUCGGGAUCUAGGUAUUUCGCUGGUUGAAGACGGGCCUAAUUAUGGAGAGGUCGCUAAGGCGGCGGUAAAUGGGAACUUGUGGACGAGGCCAGUCACGCGAGCCGAUGAGUUGGACGAGGCCAUCAAAGAAGGCAUUCGAGUUGUUUUGGAGGAGAAGAAAUCGGCCGUUCUGGAUGUGAUCAUUCAAUAA